ACCGCGCAGUUCUUUUUUGCUCUAGACGUUUGAAAGCUGGCACGGCGACUACGAGUGUGCGGUCCGAAGUGUGACUCCCCAUCCUUUGAGUGAAACUCACUGUAACGUGGCUACGAGCAUGGAGCUGAAUGAUGCUAACCUACAAACCCUCACAGAUUUCCUCAGGAAAACACUGGACCCAGACCCGACUGUCCGACGUCCAGCUGAAAAGUUUCUUGAGUCUGUUGAGGGAAACCAGAACUACCCCUUAUUACUUCUCACUUUGCUGGAGAAGUCCCAAGACAACGUGAUUCGUGUCUGUGCCGCUGUUACAUUCAAAAACUACAUCAAAAGAAACUGGCGCAUUGUUGAAGAUGAACCAAACAAAAUCUCUGAUCAGGACCGAACGGCAAUCAAAGCAAACAUCAUAAAUCUGAUGCUAAGCAGCCCAGAACAGAUUCAGAAACAGUUGAGUGACGCUAUCAGCAUCAUAGGGAGGGAAGACUUCCCUCAAAAGUGGCCUGACCUUCUCACAGAGAUGGUGACCCGCUUCAGAAGUGGAGACUUCCACAUCAUCAAUGGAGUGCUUCGCACUGCACAUUCCCUCUUCAAGAGGUACCGCCAUGAGUUCAAGUCAAAUGAACUUUGGUCGGAGAUCAAACUAGUUCUGGACACAUUUGCCCUACCUCUGACAGAACUUUUCAAGGCCACUAUUGAGUUGUGUCAGACUCAUGCUACAGACAUCAAUGCCUUGAAGGUCCUCUUCUCCUCCCUCACUCUGAUCUCCAAGCUUUUCUACAGUCUUAACUUCCAGGACCUUCCAGAGUUUUUUGAAGACAACAUGGAAACCUGGAUGACCAAUUUUCAUGGCCUACUGACUUUGGAUAAUAAACUUUUACAAACAGAUGAUGAGGAGGAGGCGGGUCUCUUGGAGUUGCUGAAGUCUCAGAUCUGUGACAACGCUGCUCUUUACGCUCAGAAGUAUGACGAAGAAUUCCAGCCGUACCUGCCUCGUUUCGUCACUGCUAUCUGGAACCUGUUAGUUUCUACAGGCCAGGAAGUCAAAUACGACCUGCUUGUCAGCAACGCUAUUCAGUUCUUGGCAUCGGUCUGUGAAAGGCCACACUACAAGCAUCUAUUUGAGGACCAGAAUACUCUCACUAGCAUUUGUGAGAAGGUCAUUGUUCCCAACAUGGAGUUCAGAAGUGCAGAUGAGGAGGCCUUUGAAGAUAACUCUGAGGAAUACAUCCGGAGGGACCUUGAAGGAUCUGACAUCGACACUCGGCGUAGGGCGGCGUGCGACUUGGUGAGAGGCCUUUGUAAAUUUUUCGAGGGCCCAGUCACAGCAAUCUUCUCUGGUUAUGUCAACUCAAUGUUGGCAGAAUACGCCAAGAACCCUGGGUCGAACUGGAAACACAAAGAUGCCGCCAUCUACUUGGUCACAUCACUGGCAUCGAAAGCACAGACGCAGAAGCAUGGUAUCACACAAGCCAACGAGUUGGUGAAUCUCACUGAAUUCUUUGUGAACCACAUUCUUCCAGACUUAAAAUCCCAAAACGUUAAUGAGUUCCCAGUGCUGAAGGCAGAUGCCAUCAAGUAUGUCAUGAUCUUCAGAAGCCAGCUUCCUAAGGAGCAGCUGCUGCAGGCUGUUCCUCUACUGAUAACUCACCUGCAGGCAGAGAGCACUGUGGAGCACACGUAUGCUGCCCACGCCUUGGAGAGGCUGUUUACUAUGAGAGGCCCCAACAACACAACACUUAUCAUCCCUGCAGAGAUGGCACCUUUUACUGAACAGCUGCUCAACAACUUGUUCAAGGCACUUGCUCUUCCUGGCUCAUCAGAAAAUGAAUACAUCAUGAAAGCCAUCAUGCGCAGCUUCUCCUUGCUGCAGGAGGCCAUUGUUCCCUACAUUCCCACUCUGAUUGGUCAACUCACUCAUAAGCUCCUCUUAGUCAGCAAGAAUCCCAGCAAGCCACACUUCAACCACUACCUGUUUGAGUCCUUGUGCCUGUCUGUCCGGAUCACCUGCAAGGCCAACCCCGCCACUGUCAGCAGCUUCGAGGAAGCACUCUUCCCUGUUUUCACAGAGAUCCUUCAGAACGAUGUCCAGGAGUUUCUCCCGUACGUGUUCCAGGUGAUGUCUCUCCUCCUAGAAAUCCACUCCAACUCUAUUCCCGCUUCCUACAUGGCUUUAUUCCCUCACCUGCUGCAGCCUGUGCUAUGGGAAAGGACAGGGAACAUCCCUCCUCUGGUGCGCCUGCUUCAGGCUUACCUGGAGAAGGGAGGUGCCACUAUUGCCAGCUCUGCUGCCGAUAAAAUACCGGGCUUGCUUGGAGUUUUCCAAAAGCUCAUUGCCUCCAAGGCCAACGACCACCAAGGCUUUUACCUGCUCAACAGCAUCAUAGAGCACAUGCCCCCAGAGUCAAUCACUCAGUACAGGAAACAGAUCUUCGUUUUGCUCUUCCAGAGGCUACAAAGCUCCAAAACCACCAAGUUCAUCAAGAGUUUCUUGGUGUUUAUCAACCUGUAUGGUGUCAAAUAUGGAGCUAUUGCACUUCAGGAGAUUUUUGACAGCAUCCAGCCGAAAAUGUUCGGUAUGGUGUUGGAGAAAAUAGUUAUUCCAGAGGUUCAGAAGGUGUCUGGAGGAGUUGAAAAGAAGAUCUGUGCUGUUGGCAUUACAAAAAUCCUUACUGAAUGUCCUGCGAUGAUGGACACAGAGUACACUAAACUCUGGACCCCACUGCUCCAGGCCCUCAUCGGCCUGUUUGAGCUGCCAGAAGAUGACAGCAUCCCAGAUGAUGAGCACUUCAUUGAUAUUGAAGACACACCAGGCUAUCAGACAGCAUUCUCACAACUGGCCUUUGCCGGGAAGAAGGAGCACGACCCGAUCGGAGAUGCUGUCGGCAAUCCCAAAAUCUUGCUGGCCCAGUCGCUCCACAAGCUUUCUACUGCCUGCCCAGGAAGGGUUCCCUCAAUGCUGAGCACCAGUCUGAAUGCAGAAGCUCUCCAGUUCCUGCAGGGUUACUUACAGGCGGCCACCGUGCAGUUGGUUUGAAAGUGACGUGAUGGUGUUCGCUUAGUAAGGAGACCACAAUACACUGCAGGAGUAGCCACAGUGGCUCCAGGUCACAAAGAGACCUGCUUCAGCUGAACUUUACAGUCUUUACAGAUUUGGUUUUGACUUGACAGUUAUAUGAUGGAUUUGCCAGAGAAAUUACAGUUCUUCUUGAAUUUAGGGUGUGUUCUCUGAUGGAAGUUUUUUUUUUUUUUUUUUAAGGUUUUUAAAAGACAUGACCAAAAAGUUAACAUAACUGAAUCACUGUUUGGGCUCUUUGUUUGCUGUGUGGCAAAGGCUAACAAGGAUUUGGAUAUCAACUUCUGAUGCAAUUAUCAGUUUAUUUCAGCGGAGGUAAAUUUUAGCAACAUUGUGGAACGUUGAACAUCUGAAUCAUAUGGGAGGGAUUUCUUUAGCGCUUUUUUUUUUUUUCCUGUUUGAAUUUAUUUUAACGGUUGAAGAAGACCGUAGUCUGUGGCUCAAACAUAAAGCUUAAUAUUUUUCUGUUGCAUGUUUCCUGUAGAUUUGUUAAUGUCUAGUCUUUGUUUCUGCACUGUUUGUUAAUGUGAAUAAAAAGAGGCACUUGUAUA